UUCUUUCUGUUUUGAAACAGGUAUUUUGUGAUGCUAACCAAGUCGUACAAGCCACAGACGUGCUGGACUGGGAAGACAAGGAUGCUGCAGAGACACUGGUGGAGAACGUGGUCCACUCCAGGAUCAUCAAUCCUUUACGCCUGUUUGUUAAGCCAUCUCCAGUUCUGAAACACGGCCAGGUGUCCUACUCAGACAGCAUAGAAAACUUUUGGGAUUGGUUGUCCAACAUCACGGAGGUUCAGGAAUCUCUCGCACGAACUAAACGCAGACCUAUAGUAAAAACUGGGAAAUUCAAGAAAAUGUUUGGAUGGGGCGACUUCCACUCUAACAUCAAAACUGUGAAGCUGAACCUCCUCAUCACAGGGAAAAUCGUCGAUCACGGCAACGGGACCUUCAGCGUUUACUUCCGACACAACUCCACAGGUCUGGGAAACGUUUCUGUAAGCCUGGUGCCCCCUUCCAAGGUGGUUGAGUUUGAGUCAUCUCCACAGUCAACGCUGGAGACCAAGGAAUCCAAGUCCUUCAACUGCCGAAUCGAGUAUGAAAAAACAGACCGCGCUAAAAAAACUGCCUUGUGCAAUUUCGACCCUUCAAAGAUCUGCUAUCAAGAGCAGACUCAAAGCCAUGUCUCCUGGUUGUGCUCCAAACCAUUUAAAGUUAUCUGCAUCUACAUUGCUUUCUACAGCGUAGAUUACAAACUGGUGCAAAAGGUCUGUCCUGAUUAUAACUAUCAUAGUGAGACUCCAUACUUGUCCUCUGGCUGA